AUGUUCUGGAUACUCGUUUUCGAGCGACCAGAGCCCGAUUUGAACACCAAGACUAUAUGCGAUGAGUCGAUUCUCCAAAGAACUCGCACCGGACCCCGAUUACAAAGCGGUCAAUAUGGAGGCCUGUCGCAGUCAAGAGGCAAGCGAUUGAAAUGGGCCCUUGGUGGUAAGGAGAGUCGCAAUGAGCAGGUCGACGUCUUCGAGAAGCUGGUUCAACAACUUUACAAUCUGAUUCCACCAGAGGAGAAAAGCCACAAUUAUGAAGGACUGGAGAAUACAGUAUGGGUAGAGGAUAUUCGCCAAAUGCUAACCAAGAUCGAGGAGGGGAUCAAGUCUGAAAUGCAACGAGAUGUGUUAUCUUGGCUCGGAAAAUCUGCCCCAAACGAUAAAUACGAAGAUUCCUUGGCCAAGCGUGUCGACACAACAUGCGAAUGGAUAUUUGAGCGACCUGCGUUCAAGUCGUGGCUUUCACCAGUGGAUUCAUCUAAGCCAAGUGUGCUGUGGAUAAACGGGCCUGCAGGGUUCGGAAAAACUGUUCUCAGUGCUCAUAUCGUUCACCAUCUAUCAAAGGCUCUAGAGACGCCAGUGGCCCAUUUCUUCUUCACAUCUGAUCAUGAAAGCCGAGAAGAUCCAUUCUCUGCUCUGAGAUCAUGGCAGCGCCAAGUUGCUGUCAAGAGCAACGACGCCUUUGGAUGUAUUCGCCGCGCCUGGGAGAACGACUCCUCAGGGCAGGCCUCUCGAAAAACUCUUUUUAGCCUGUUCAAGCAAGUUAUCACAGUAGUGCCGGGGUGUAUAUUCCUCGCAGACGGAUUGGAUGAGUGCGCCCAGUUUGGUGACGGAGACGCAUCAGUUGCUAGGUUCCUACAAGGUAUUAUGGGUGCCAUAGGAGGCACCAACAUCAGGCUUCUGUUCGUGAGCCGAGACGAGCCUGAAAUCAGAGCAGCCCUUGAGGAGCAUAAAGGCACUCUCUCAGAAUACAGGGUUGGCACGAAUGAUGUUCAGGCUGAUACAGCGGCCUUUUCCCAUUCUGUUGUUGAUAGGAAACUCUGGGGCAAAAGCGAGGACCUACGGUUAGCCAUCUCAAAGUCUAUGGCCGAUAAGUGCCAAGGACAGUUUCUGUGGAUUAGGAUGCAAGAGCAAUCUUUGCGGAACACAAUGAGCAAGAAACGACUUCAUGAAGUGGUGGAGAACACACCGUCCGGCCUUGAUCGCCUUUACGACCAAAGCUGGAGGAGGAUCUUGAACAUGUCAGAUCAGGACCGAGAUCGCGCCUUCGCUCUUCUACGGUGGACUGCAUUCGCAUUAAGACCUCUUGCCAUCGUUGAAGUUGUCGAAGCUGUGCUCAUCGAUCAGUUUGGAGACUUGGAUCCAGAUGACUACCCCGAGAAUGUCGACGAUGAAUAUAUUGCAGGCGAGAUACUAGGACUCUGUGGUCCACUCGUGGAAGUUCACGAUCACGAGACAUAUUCAUUUCCUGGAUCGCGGACCCUUCACAUACCGCAUUUUUCUGUGCGCGAGUACCUGAUUAAACAUCUACCAGGCCCUAUUUGGAUGCAACCAAAGACCAUUAUCAACAUUGAACGAGAGAUAAUCCAUCAUACAGCCAUAGCACGGGCCUGCAUUCAAUAUCUGAGCUUGCCGCAAGUCUGGGACGAGGAUGGUGACCCUGACCUUUGUUCAAAAAACUUCCUUCUCUAUGCCGCGUGCUCCUGGGCGCGGCACGCUAAACGAAGUUUUAUGGAUCCAUCUCUCAGAAAUCUUUCGAAAGUCUUUUUGAAAAGUAAUAAUAAUUGUUUCAAGUCGUUCAUGGCCUACCGUGCGGGCCUACAGGACCCGGACUCGCCAUCGAAAUCAGUCUAUCACCCACAGCUUCGCCCUUUUGACUACGUAUGCUAUCAAGGUUGGACAUACCUGGCAGAUCAUCUUAUUGACGAUUUAGACGUCAACGAGAUUGAUGCUCUCGGGCGCUCACCCAUCUUUUCAGCGUGCGUGUCCGGCUCAGCAGAAUCAGUGAAAAUGCUUAUUCGACGCGGGGCUGACUUGAGCAUUACAGACGUCUACGGAUGGACAUGCCUUCACCAAGCAGCCUAUAAUGGUUUUGAAGACAUUGUUAGGAUCUUGGUGGAGUCGAAAGUUGACUUGUCAUCAGAGACUAAGAAGGGCAUGACGCUAUUACAUUUUGCUGCCAGAGGUGGCAACAUGAAAUGCUACCAAUAUUUACUGGAGCAAGGAGCUGAUGCCGAGAUCAGAGACACUAAAGGUUAUCAUGUAGUACACCACGCAUGUGUCGACGCUGGUCAUGCUGAACUACUAAGAUUUAUCCUUCAGAAUGGGCCUGACACCCUAGCAACAGAUCAUAAGUACAAAGUCAACCCACCGCUUAGGCUUGUAGCUCGCAACGGCGAUGUCAAUAUGGCCAAGGUUCUCUUUGAGUUUGGGGCCGUUGCUUCCUUAUCUGUCCCGUCCCCUGAUGGGGAGCUGCCGCUUCAGCUUGCCGUGAAUUCAGGUCAUAUCGAGCUAGUGGAGCUCUUCCUAGAGCACGGUGCUGCAACAACACUGGCUAUUCCGAAUACAAAGGGCAAUACGGCACUACACGAUGCGUGCUUUGUUGUAGGGCGUGAUAAAAUAAUUCGUCUUCUUCUUCGUUCAGGUGUCGAAGAGUCGAUACUAAUGCAGAACGGAAACGGGGACACGCCUGUUCAUGUGGCGACUAGAAAAGGCCAUGUCAAUUAUGUCAAGUUGAUACUUCGAUACUCAGAGCCAGAGCACCAGCGUCUUUUGAAGACGCAGAACAAGAAACUCGAGACCCCUUUGUAUCUUGCAUCUUCGUUGGGUAAUUUUGCUGUUGUCCGUGAAUUGCUCAACUUUGGGGCCCAGACAACUCUUUCAGUUUCCAAUGGAGAGCGCAAAACACCUUUGUUUAUUGCUGGAUACAAAGGCUAUGCGGACGUGGUGAAGACACUACUACAACAUGGCGCAGAAAGUACUCUUGACAUCUUCGACGUCUGCGGUAAUAGUCCCUUAUGGGCAGCGUCACUCGGAGGAUUCGGCGAGGUCGUCAAGGAACUACUCUCCCACGGAGCGGGAAGAACUAUGACAGCUUCCAAUUCACUAGGCGAGACACCUGUACAUGCCACCGCGAUUACAAACCACGUCGAAGUGGUGAAGCUCCUCCUAGAAGUGCCCGGUGUCUCCGUGAAUCAAAAGACUCCCUAUGGAUUCACGCCUCUGUUCAUCGCGUCAAGAAAUGGAGAUUGCGGGAUGGCAGAGUUUCUGCUCUCUGUUGAUUCAAUUGAUAAAGACAGCGGGAACUGGCUGGGCCUAAACCCCUUAUUCGCGGCAGUGGCCAAUGGGCAUUUGGAGGUUACAAAGCUCCUACUCUCCAAAGGAUGUCAUGUACAACACCAGGUCAGCAUUGGUCGAGACUUGCUCUGGUGGGCUCAACGCUCGAAUAAACCGGACCUGGUACAACUUCUACAACCACAGAAACCGCGCGGGGACACGGCCAGCGGCCUAUGGAAUGCUCUUCCUGGUCCCUUGACCAAUAUAGAGCCUUUAUCUCGCGACGCGGAGACCGUAGAGUGCAGGCCUGGUGUUUCAUGGUGUUACGUUUGUACCUUGAGCGUACAAGAUGACCAAGAAUUCUGUUGCGAGGAGUGCUACAAUUCCUACAUGCUCCUAUGCUCAGAAUGCUUUACUCGAGGAUUUCAGCUAUGUCCGAAGUCGCAUACUCUAGUUCCACUAGGGUCUAUUGAAUCCGACUGUUGGAGCACCACAGAUGGUUCUAUAGAUUCUGAGAAUUCGUAG